UAGUUCGAACUUCCCCUCUGGGUGGAAGGGUAAAUGCGAGCAGUCCAACUCGUUCCGAUGCAACAACAAGGUGAUCGGCGCCAAGGCGUUCUACACCGGGUUUCAGCGGGCCAGCGGCAAGCCCGCGCUGGCGAACGACUGGCUCACGCCACGAGACGCGGACGGGCAUGGCACGUGGUGCGCGGGCGCGGCGGCGGGGAGCCCGGUGGGGCUGCAGGGCGGCGGGCAGGUGAGCGGCAUGGCGCCGGCUGCGCGGAUCGCGGCGUACAAGGUGUUCUGGACGGACCGCAGCAGCGGGGAAAUGUAUGCGGACGAGUCAGACAUCAUCGCAGCCGUCAAUCAGGGCGUGGCGGACGGCGUGGAUGUGCUGUCGCUGUCCCUGGGGGCAUGGAUCCCAACGACAACUAUUUCAACGACCUGGCUUUUAUGCGGGCCAACGCUGCCGGGGUGUUCAUUGCCUUUGCUGCUGGUAAUGCUGGCGCUCCGGGCCAGUCACAGGGGGGUGGUUACCGCACGGUGGACAACUUCGCACCCUUCUUUCUGACUGUGGGCGCCAGCACCAUCGCACGGGGAGCGUCCCUAGCUUCGGCAGCAGCAGCAGCCGGCACUCAGUCGCUCCCCCUCAAUGCCAUUGCCGGCGCCGCCAGCACCAACAGCACUGUCAACUGCAACGGCACUGGCAGCGGCAACAGCACAGGCAACGGCACCAUGCCAGGUGAUGGCAGCGGCACCACUUUCACUGCCGACGGAGGUAUCACCUUCGCCACCUCCUCCUCCUCCGCCCCGGUGGUUGCUGACUUCUCGUCCCGCGGCCCCCUCAUACCGCCCUCUGCCACGGCCCAGCCCCCCCAACCAGGCAACGCCAUCCUCAAGCCCGACAUCAUCGGCCCCGGCGUGGACCUCCUAGCCGCCGCUCCUGGGAAGAAAAUCGGCGACCCCGGCGCCCUCGCCCGCCUCUCGGGUACUUCCAUGGCCACCCCUCAUUUGGCGGGGCUGGCCGCGUUAAUUAUCCAGAAAUUCCCCAACUGGAGCCCGGCGCAGGUGAUGUCGGCGAUGAUGACGACGGCGCGGGUGACUGACACGAGCAGCAGCCCCAUCAAGAGCUCCACUGGCGGGGAUGCCACCCCCUGGGAGAUGGGGGCAGGCCAUGUGUUCCCCCCUGCCAUGCUCAACCCCGGCCUCACCUACGACGCCCGAGACAAAGACUACCAGAAUUUCCUGGCCGGGCAGGAUCUGACCCGGGCGAAAAAGGAGUUCCCAGGGGUGUCCCUCUCCCCCCUGGCUGUGCGCAAUCUCAACCUUCCCACCAUUACUCUACCGCGCCUGCAGGGCUCGAUUCAGGUGACUCGCACGGUCACCAAUGUGGGAGGGGCCCAGUCCACAUACAGUGUAUCUGGGAAGGCGCCAGCAGGGGUGAAGGUGACAGUGGCGCCUAAGAGCCUCACGGUUGGUGCCGGGCAGAAGGCGAGUUAUACUCUGACGUUCACUGUGGAUACACCCAGCAAGGACUUCAAGUACGGGUAUAUAGUGUGGGCGGAUGACCAGGGCCACAGCGUGCGGUCCCCCCUCGUGGUGCAGCCACUCUCGCGCUAAAGGGGGAGAGGGUGAGUGCUUGCUGCUCUUGCAGUAAGGGCAUGGGUGCUGUGCGGUGCUGUCCUGGCUGCUAGUGGUGCGGCUGAUGCUACGGCUGGGAGCGUGUAGUGGGUCAUUGGUCGAAAUGUGAUGGAUGGACACGGGGGUUCAGCCAGGCAAGGGCAAGGGUUGGUUCGUGCUGGCAGCCUCACAUGUUACAGGGAUGACCUCCGUCCCUGGCCACGUGAAGACCCUGCUUUUAGGCUCCAGCCGGUUGAGGCUAUUGCCUACAUGUUAGGAUGCGACCGUACCA